GCUUCUCUCGAGUGUGCAGGGCUCCCAGAGUCCCGAGGCCCGGUGUACGCUUCCCCCGCCCGAUCAGCCUUGACCAGGGAGGGCCUCCCCAAACUGCUUUUUGGCGCGCGGGUGCCCCAGCCACAGGGCGCAGAGCACUUUGGCGCUUCCCUCCCUGGGUGAUCUGAUCUACUCCAGGUUCCGCGGCGGUCCCGGGAACCUGCGGUUCCAGAGGAGGAGAAGAGAAGGAGGGAUCCGGAAGUGCCAGGAGCUCUUCUCCCGAUGCCACAUGAGGCUGCCCCUCAGCCCCAGCAUGGAGCCGGUGGCCACGGAGCCCUUGGAGAUGGCUUUGCUCAGCAGCAUCCUGGCGGCCUAUUCCUAUAUCUCAGAAAACCCUGAGCGAGCCGCUCUGUACUUUGUCUCCGGCGUGUGCAUCGGCCUGUUCCUGACCUUGGCCGCCUUGGUGAUGAGGAUCUCCUGCCACACGGACUGCCGGCGGGGUCCCCGGAGGAGGUGCUUGCAGGACCCUGAGAGCAGCAGCGACAGCAGCGACAGCGAGGAUGGCAGCGAGGACACGGCGUCGGACCUGUCUGUGCGCAGACACCGCCGCUUCGAAAGGACUUUGAACAAGAACGUGUUCACCUCUGCGGAGGAGCUGGAGCGCGCACAGCGGCUGGAGGAGCGCGAACGCAUUAUCAGGGAGAUCUGGAUGAACGGGCAGCCUGAGGUGCCUGGCACCAGGAGCCUGAACCGCUACUACUAGGGCUCUUUGUGGACCCCAGAACCUCAGCAGACCGCCAGAAAAAGAGGGUGGGCUCUGUGGACAGGGACGGUGAGGCGGGCUGAAUCCAGCUCUGCUAAUGGGGCUCCGGGAAGAACAGGGCCAGCCUCCUUUUCCCAGAGCAUAGAGGUUUGAUUUAAACUCUUAACCUCUGGAGAAACAGACCACCCAAGCAGGGCACCUGCCUUUCCAGGAGUUGACACCCACGUGGGCACACCAGCCCGACCCUUCCAGGUCUUGAAAUGGUGCUGAGGGGUCCUCUCCGUCCACGUGACAGCGAUACGAUGAGCUGAAAGGAUAAAUGGUCCUUUUUUCUGAGGCGCUCAGAAGUUUGUGUGCAGACUUAACAGCUGCGUUAUUCCUUUACAAAAGGAAAGAAAAAAUUCUCAUAGCUGGAGAGCUGGGGAUAUCAGGGUGACCUUAACCCCGAAUAUGCAGUUUUCUAAAGGACUCCUUGCGCUGGAAGUGGUUUUGAUUGAGAUAGCAUGACCGAUGCUAAUUAUUUAAAGCUAAUUUUUAAAACAAACAGAAAUUCUUGGCAACCUCUGCAUUUUAACUGACACCUCAGGGAUUAAAAUCCUAUUUUUAGUCUAGUUCCCACCUCAUUCAUGAAAAUGAAUGGAAUUUACUGUGUUGUGUGAGAUGUAUUGGAGACUUAGAAUAUAUCAAUAACCUCAGAGGAUAAAGGGUUUUAUUUUUUAGUAGUUUAUAAAAUAUAUAUUGACACAUGUAUUUGAAAAUGCUGCAUAAAAAUAGAAACGGUGUGUCCUUCCCUUUUGGAGAGAAGAAAAGUCUCUCUCAUGACUUCAGAGACUCGUUAUAUUUAAAGAAUAUUUUGUUUUUUAAAAAAGUUUAGAUUUCCAAGAAAUGAGUGGAAACCAGAGGUGAGAAUUAAAGCCAAAAUUAGAACAGUAUCUAAAAUAAACAUUCCAUGAAGGUC